GCCUGACAUUUGUUUCUUUUUUCUCCCAUCAGUUUCACCUCCAUUUUUUCUAUUACUCCCAUUCUAUAUUGCCCAGGUGCGUCAGGAAGGGAGGCUAGCGCCACUGAACUAAUGGAGAAGCUGAAGCCCAGAGAAGUGGCCUGACCAGCCUAAGGCCACUGAGCUAAUUAAAAGUUUAACUCUCAAAUCGAAUUUUUCACCUCUUUCCCUACCAAGUCGCUGCAUCCUGAAACAAGACGGAGCCUCACUGCAACUGGUCAGAACGGUCUCAGUGGUCAGACGCCUGAACCCACGACUCUGGGGUCGGAGACGGGCGCGCAGUCCAACGCUCCCACGGUGCAGAUGGGGAGACUGAGGUCCAGAGCCCCGCGCUCCACCGCCAGCGGGACAGAAGGCGAGGGGGCGCGUCCUGCCUCGCCGGCCCCCUGGCGCGGGUGCCGCCUCCGCCCGCCCCCCACGCUGGGUCCCCCCGCCUGAUUUUGCCCUCGCAGAGCCGCCAGCUCGGGAGCGAGUCAUGUUGGGUGCACUGGUGUUGGCGUGGCUGCUCCUAUCGGCCGCGGCCUGCGCGCAGCGGGAGCAGGACUUCUACGACUUCAAGGCGGUCAACAUCCGGGGCAAGUUGGUGUCGCUGGAGAAGUACCGCGGUUCGGUGUCCCUGGUAGUGAACGUGGCUAGCGAGUGCGGCUUCACAGACCAGCACUACAGAGCCUUGCAGCAGCUGCAGCGGGACCUGGGGCCCCAUCACUUCAAUGUGCUUGCGUUCCCCUGCAACCAGUUUGGCCAGCAGGAGCCCGAUAGCAACAAGGAGAUCGAGAGCUUCGCCCGCCGCACCUAUGGUGUCUCUUUCCCCAUGUUUAGCAAGGUCGCAGUUACUGGCACUGGUGCCCACCCUGCCUUCAAGUACCUGAUCCAGACUUCUGGGAAGGAGCCCACCUGGAACUUCUGGAAGUACCUAGUGGCCCCAGAUGGAAAGGUAGUAGGGGCUUGGGACCCAACUGUGUCGGUGGAGGAAAUCAGGCCCCAGAUCACAGCACUCGUGAGGAAGCUCAUCCUGAAGAAGCGAGAAGACUUAUAACCACUUUCUCUCCUCUCCCACUGUCCCAUUCCCCCCACCCUACACCUUGGAUGGUGACCAAAGCAAACUCAGUCGUGCUCAAUGGUGCUCGGAGGGAGGGCCUAUGGACUCUCCUUCCUCCACUUUUAUCCCAUGUACCCUAUCCUUCCUAUGAGGGAAAAGUCUGGUAUUUUGUAUUUGAGUCUUAGAACAACCUUUAGGAACUCCUGGCCAGUGAGAGCUCUUGACCAAUGAAAUCACCAGCCAAUAAGCACCUCUAGCCCAUGAAAACAUGUGGCAAAUAGAAGUAUAUCAAGCAAUAAUCUGCUGCCUAUUAAGAACUCUAUAAGAUAGGACCAAUUCCUACCUCACAGGGCUGUGGUGAGGAUGAGUAUGAACAACCUAUGAAAGGUGCCUAGGGCAGUGCCAGCUCACUAGGAGCAUUCAAUAAAUGUUUUUUGCAUAUGAACCAAAAAAUAACUUGUAAUCAAUAAAAACUUGCACCCAACAUGAAUUUCCAGCCAUUGAGAAUCCAGGCCAAAGAUUUAUUUGUUGUUGUAGUUGUUUUCCUCUGUAUUAUUUUUUUUAAUUGAAAAAGUAAUUCAAAUAGAUUGUAAAAUAACACAGGAUGAUAAUAAAUAAAAAUGAAAGUAUCUGGGCACCUGGGUGGCUCAGUCCAUUAAGCGUCCAACUUCAGCUCAGGUCAUAGUCUCAUAGUUCAUGAGUUCAAGCCCCACAUCAGGCUCUGUGCUGACAGCUCAGCCUGGAGCCUGCUUCCGAUUCUGUGU